GCGAGAAUGGCUGCCAGUGGGGAUGUUGGAAAGCUGUUACAAGUACAGAAUGGGACUCCUGCGUGUACAAGCUUCAACGGGGUAGAUGCCCUGCAUGCUUGCAACAUCCUCCAGCAACUGAAAGCUAUGUAUGAUGAAGCACAGCUUACUGACAUAGUCGUUGAAGUGGACCAUGGCAAAACGUUCUCAUGUCAUAGAAACGUCCUUGCUGCCAUCAGCCCUUAUUUCAGAUCUAUGUUCACCAGUGGCCUUACAGAGAGCAACCAGAGGGAAGUCCGGAUUGUUGGUGUUGAGUCCGAAUCCAUGCACUUGGUCCUGGACUACGCCUACACCUCCAGGGUCACAUUGUCUGAGUCGAACGUCCAGGCCCUGUUUACGGCGGCCAGCAUUUUUCAGAUCCCAGCCCUUCAAGACCAGUGUGCCCAGUUCAUGAUAAGCCGUCUGGACCCCCAGAACUGCAUCGGGGUCUUCAUGUUUGCCGAGGCCUACGGUCAUCAGGAGCUGCGCGAACGCUCCCAGGACUACAUCCGCAAGAAGUUUUUGUGCGUAAUGGGCGAGCAGGAGUUCCUCCACCUGACCAAAGAGCAGCUGGUUAGCAUCUUGAACAACGAUAACCUGAAUGUGGAGAAAGAAGAACACGUGUACGAAAGCAUCGUCCGUUGGCUGGAACACGACCGCCAGCGGAGGGAAGCCGACCUUGCCGAGGUCUUCACCAAAUGCAUACGGCUACCUUUGCUGGAUGAGACUUUUCUCAACGGGAUACCCCCAGCCUUCGCCCUCGCCCUGUCCAAGGAUCCCUCUGACAAGGGCAGACUCAACGGAACCAACGGCUGCCCCCAGCGCCUCGGCAUGACCGCCUCCGAAAUGGUCAUCUGUUUUGACGCGGCCCACAAGCACUCAGGGAAGAAGCAGACGGUGCCUUGCCUGGAUACGGUGGCUGGGAAGGUUUAUAAGCUCUGCAAGCCGCCCAAUGACCUCCGAGAGGUUGGGAUCCUGGUGACGUCGGAAAACGACAUCUUCAUCGCAGGAGGCUACAGGCCAAGUAACAGCGAGGUGUGUAUCGACCACAGAGCGGAGAGCGACUUCUGGCAGUACGACCAUGCCGGAAACCGCUGGCUUCCGCGCUCGCCCAUGUUGAGAGCGCGUAUAGGUUGCAAACUGGUGCACUGCUGUGGAAAGCUUUACGCGAUUGGAGGACGAGUAUACGAGGGGGAUGGCCGCAAUGCACUUAAGUCGGUGGAGUGUUAUGACACCAGGGACAACUGUUGGACUGCAGUCAGCCCAAUACCAGUCGCAAUGGAGUUCCACAGUGCUAUUGAGUAUAAGGAUCGUAUCUAUGUCAUUCAAGAAGAAUAUUUCUUCUGUUUUGAUCCUCGUAAAGACUACUGGGGCCACCUGGCCCCUAUGACUGUCCCUCGCAGCCAGGGCUUGGCGGCCCUGCAUCAGAACUGUAUCUAUUAUAUCGCUGGCAUCUGCAAAAACCACCAGCGUACCUUUAUCGUGGAAGUCUACGACAUCGAGCAGAACACCUGGAAUCGCAGGAGGGACCUUCCCUUCGACCAUGCCACGAAUCCUUACAUCAAAGUUAUACACCUGCAGGGCAAGUUGCACCUGUUUGUCAGGGCCACCCAGGUCAUGGUGGAGGAGCAUGUGUUCCGCACCAGCCGAAAGAAUUCCCUCUAUCAGUACGAUGACGAGGCAGAUCAGUGGACCAAGGUCUACGAGACUCCGGACCGCCUUUGGGACCUCGGCCGCCAUUUCGAAUGCGUGGUGGCCAAACUGUACCCUCAGUGUCUUCAGAAAGUGCUUUGAGCGAGAGCCGAGAGAUGAGACGCGCUGUUUACAAACAGCCAAUAUCGAUAGCGUGUGUGUGUGCGUGCGUGCGUGUGUGUGCGUGUGUGCGUGCGCGCGUGUGUGUGUGCUCCUACCCUAUACAUGGUGCUGUCUGUGUUCCCAGCAAGAAGACUGCAGAGGAGUCUUAAAAAUGGUAUGGGGGGGUUUCAGUGACAGAAUGGGGAUGCGUUUAAAGGUUGCAGUAUUUGCCUUUCUCCAAUUGAGCACCAAGCACCCACACUAUUGCUUGUUGUACAGUAG